AAAAAUCUCUCUUUCUUAAUACAACAAUAAUGUCAGAGACUGAGGCAAAGCUUCCUAGAAAACGCUUUUAUCGUCAACGUGCUCAUGCCAACCCAUUCUCUGAUCAUCAACUAGAAUAUCCUUCUGAACCAUCCUUGAUGGACUGGACUCGUCAUUAUCCUGAAUUUUAUCCACCCAAGGAAGGACAAGUUCAAAAGAAAGUAGAGUUUGCAGAUAUCGGAUGUGGAUAUGGUGGUCUUUUGAUUGCCUUGGCACCUUUGUUUCCUGACACGUUGAUGCUUGGUAUGGAAAUUCGUACAAAAGUAGAAGAUUAUGUGUAUGAGAGGAUAAAGGCACUUCGAGUACAAAAGCCUGGACAGUAUCAGAAUGUGUCGAUUAUGCGUAUGAACGCUAUGAAGUUCUUACCCAAUUUCUUUGAAAAAGCACAACUGUCAAAAAUGUUCUUUUUAUUUCCUGAUCCUCACUUUAAGCAAAGAAAACACAAGGCUCGUAUCAUCAGCCCUACACUUUUAGCAGAGUAUGCUUAUGCUCUUCGUGUGGGUGGUAUUCUGUAUACAAUCACGGAUGUAAAGGAUUUGCAUCUUUGGAUGGUGAAGCACUUGGAUGAACAUCCUCUGUUUGAAAGAUUAACUGAUGAAGAAUGUGAAAACGAUCCAUGUGUUCCUCAUGUUAGAACAGCUACUGAGGAAGGUAAAAAGGUGGAACGAAAUCAAGGAGAUAAGUUCCUUGCUUGUUAUCGCAGAAUUGAAGAUCCUUAUUAUAAAUAAACAAUGUAAAUAUGUUUAACUACUUUAAAUGAUAUCUAUUUUAAGGGGGACCUCCUUUUC